CCUGAAGCAACUGAAGAUCCACAAAAGAAGUGAAAAUAGCCUUAACUGAUGACAUUCCACCCUUGUAGUUUGUUUCUGCCCCAUCCUAACUGAUCAAUGUACUUUGUAAUCUCCUCUACUCUUAAGAAGGUUCUUUGUAAUUCUCCCCGCCCUUGAGAAUAUACUUUGUGAGACCCACCCCCUGCCUGCAAAACAUUGCUCCUAACUCCACCGUCUAUCCCCAAACCUGUAAGAACUAAUGAUAAUCCCAUCACCCUUUGCUGACUCUCUUUUCCGACUCAGCCGGCCUGCACCCAGGUGAAAUAAACAGCCUUGUUGCUCACACAAAGCCUGUUUGGUGGUCUCUUCACACGGACAUGUGAGACACUGACCUCAGGCCAUCCUCCCACCUAAGCCUCCCAAAGUGCCGGGAUUACAGGCGUGAGCCACCGUACACGGUCCGCCUAAUAUUUUAUUUCUGCAGAGAUGGGGUCUCGCUAUAUUGCCCAGGCUGGUCUCCAUAUCCUGGGCCCACGCCCUCCCCCGGCCCAGCCCGGACGGGGUCUUCCCCAGGCGGAGCCUCUUACGUGCAGGGCGUUCUGUGCAGUGACCGCGGCCCUGGGCAGAGUCAACCCCACGCGGCCACAUAACCGUCCAGGGGGCCGGGGGCAGCGCGGUGAAAUGGGAAAGGGUUUAACUGGGGGAUCUAGGUGCUGGGGACACCGACAUUUUCGGUAUUAUUCUUGAAGCUUUUCCCUAAGUUUGAAAUUACCUAAAAACACGUUGUUUUGAGAUGGAGGCCUCCUGGGACCCGCAGGAUGCGCGGCCGUGGGUGGCUGCGCGGGGCGGGAGGCGCCGGAAGGGUCGCUAGGCCUCCUCCCUCAGGCCGGCCUCGCGCUCCUGCCCCGCAGGACCCCGGCCGCAGCCCUCACAGCUUCACCGCGCCUCGCCCGCCCGGCUGCGCCUGCGCGGAGCCGCCUCACUGUGACUCAGCAAGCGCGCCACCUGCGAGAAGCGACCGGACGCUUCGAGAAGGGAAGCGGAGGGGCGAGGAGUGGGCGGGCCUGCGGGGCGCGACGGGGCGGGAUUGGCCGGAUGGCUGGUGACGUCUUCGGGGCGCGCCGGCGCCACUAGGCCGCGGCCUGGCGGGAUUGGCCGGUCUGCGGGUGACGUCGUCGGGGCGCGCCCGGAAACCCCAAGGCCGAGACGGCUCUCGGAUCCGGGGGCUGCGGAUAAAUGGCCGUAGGCCGCGGGCGGCGAGAUGUUGCGUUCUGCAGUGGGUGUGGGUGUGCCUCCGACGGCGUCUCGGUGCCAGUGUCGAGGUUCUUUCUGUUUCAGUACCUGGAGCCGACUGCGGAGGAGGACACCUGCGUUUCCGUCUCCUCUAUCUUCUGCUGCUCACCGCAGCUGCCUGGGUCUCGGACGAGAGCCAGGUAAUACUUAACUCUGCUAUCUGCGUUUUGAACACUGUUCUCGUAAUGGAGUUUCCUGAUUUGGGGAAGCAUUGUUCAGAAAAAACUUGCAAGCAGCUAGAUUUUCUUCCAGUAAAAUGUGAUGCGUGUAAACAAGAUUUCUGUAAAGAUCAUUUUACAUACGCUGCACAUAAGUGUCCGUUUGCAUUCCAGAAGGAUGUUCAUGUCCCAGUAUGCCCAUUGUGUAAUACCCCCAUCCCAGUAAAAAAGGGCCAGAUACCAGACGUGGUGGUUGGCGAUCACAUUGACAGAGACUGUGACUCUCACCCUGGGAAGAAGAAAGAGAAGAUUUUUACAUACCGUUGCUCAAAAGAGGGCUGCAAGAAGAAAGAGAUGCUGCAGAUGUCAUGUGCCCAGUGUCAUGGCAACUUCUGUAUCCAGCACAGACACCCUUUGGACCACAGCUGCAGACACGGGAGUCGCCCCACCAUCAAAGCCGGGUGCUCACCCGUGACAGCCUCUGAAUCCAAGCCAUCGGGAGACUUCCUCACCCUGGCUCCUGGCGGGCUGUCCCAGCGACUCAGGUACUGGUUCACCCGGCUCAUGUGAACGCAGUUACGUCUGUGUGGGGUGCUGCAGCUCUUGGCUGGUGAACACGGAAAGGUUGCUGUGUGUAACUGCACAGUGUGACGCGAUGCUCCAGUGGUGCAGCAUUGUCCGGAUGGAUGAAAGACACAGGAAUGGGACCCCAAGUUACGAAAGCAGCUCACUCCAGCGCAACCUCGGCAGCAGCAGCAUCAUAUAGCUGGUUUCUGAAACACCUUUUCUGCCCUCCAAGAUCCUCUGACAUGACCAACACUUCUGCGUCAUCAAGACAAACCUGAAAAGAGCUGUUCUUUGUUCUUUUCGGUGGAAAGUGAUGAGGUCCUUCCCGUCCGCACUGCCGUGUGGGUUAUUUCCACUCUAGGUAACUUCCGCCCUUGGGUACCCCCAUCCUUCUAAUGGCAAGUAGCCUGAAACCUUGAAACUUUCCCACUGAAAUACACAAACUAGGCCAGGCAUGGUGGCUCACACCUGUAAUCCCAGCACUUUGGGAGGGCAAGGUGGGUGGGUCACCUAAGGUCAGGAGUUCAAAACCAGCAAACACCAGACAGCUCACUCGCGUUCUCUUCAUGUCGCCUCUGUAACGGUGUGGCUGUCUGGCCAAGAAGGGGGAAGGACAUCCAACCUGCCUGGCUGAGGGUUCUUGUCCAGCAGCGGCCACAGGUGCUACUCGCAUUCCCUGAGGGCACAGCUGUGUGCCUGUUCCUAACCUCCAAGGGGCUGCGACACUGUGUGAGAGAAAGUGUGUCUUCCUGGACGACUUGUUCCUGCCACAGCCGACUUCUAAAAACAGGCACAGUUCAGCCAGGCGCAGUGGCUCACGCCUGUAAUGCCAGCACUUUGGGAGGUGGAGGCAGGUGGAUCACCUGAGGUCAGGAGUUCGAGACCAGAUGACAUGCAGCCUUCGUGGCCUGACACUUCCCACCACUGUCUGAUUUUGUGAAGUGAUGAACACGGGUAACGUAAAUACUGGUCUUAGAUUUAUAUUGACAGCCACUGUGCUCAUCAAGAGUGUGGUGAUUUCCUGGGAACUUAGGGGGUGUCAGGGAAUAAGGUAAAAUGCCCCCAAGUUCUGUCCUGAUCUGAACUGCCCUGGCCACCCAGCUGUGCCCAUCAGACAUCCCAGUGAGACAGUUCACAAAAACACAAGCCACUGCAUUUUUUUUUUCUGCUUUCACCAUCUAAAAAUGUAACAGGGGAAGGGUUUGUAUUCUGUUUCCGUUCUGCAAAAAGGUGAUCAGACCUGCAGUCAGGCGAACGAUGUUUCUGUCAAUGACGGACCAUGUAUUUGUUGGCAAUCGCAGAAGAUACUGUAUUUUCACUAUAUCUUUUUUUUUUAAUCUGACAAACUUUUUUGCUUUUAAUUGUUAUAAUUGUACAUAUUGAUGGGGUACAUUGUGGUAUUUGGAGGAGUUCGAGACCCGCCUGGCCAAAAUGGUGAAACCCCGUCCCUACCAAAAAUACAAAAAUUAGCCAGGCGUGGUGGUGGGCGCCUGUAAUCCCAGUUACUCGGGAGGCUGAGGCAGGAGGAUCACUUGAACCCGGGAGGGAGAGGUUGCAGAGAGCAGAGAUUGUGCCAUUGCACUCCAGCCUGGGUGAUAAGAGCGAGACUCCAUCUCAAAAAAGUAAAAACAAGCUAGUCACCCUGCAGUCCCACAGAACGCUGGGACGUAAUCCUCCCAGCAAGCUGGACCGCACCACGCCUAGGUUUAGAAGCACAAACACUCAGCGCCGUGCCGCAGUGGCCUACAGCAUUCAGCGCACUCGCACUCUGCACGUUUGUAGCCUGGGAGCCACAGGCUAUGCCCUACAGCCUGGCUGUGGAGGAGGCCGCACCAUCGAGCUCUGUGUAAGUCACUCUAGGAUGCUUGCACAACAAUGCAAUCACCUGACCACGCACAUCCCUGAUGCUGGGUGACGUGACUUUCUGUGCUUGCUUCAUGGUGUCUGUCCUAGGCCGGCAGUUCCCAAGCCCUAGCCUGUGUCAAAACACAGGGCUCCUUGCGGGAGGGUGCUGGACCCCACCCCGAGGCCCUGAUUCUGUGGUCUGAGGUGGACUCAGGUUUACACCUGGAGCUGCCCAGGUGAUACGUCUGGUCUGGGACUGCACUUGGACAAGCCGCUUGCCUGCGUCUCCAGCACCUCCGGCCACAUGUGCUGUGGAGCAGUGAAAGUGCAGCCAGCACAGUGUUCAGUGUGGUUAAGUUUAAAAACCACCAACUUGGUUCAGUCAGUGGAAAACUUAGGUACGUUAGGAACCUGGGUGUGUGAACUGUGAAUCUGCAGAUCAGGUGUUCUAAUGAAAAAAUGUUUUUAAUUGUUAAAGUCUUGAGAAACAAAGUUCUGAUAAUUUAAUGUCCAAAUUGGGAUGUAUCCAGCCGGGACCAGUGGCUUAUGCCUGUAAUUCCAGCACCUUGGGAGGCUGACUUGAGCCCAGAUGUUUGAGACAGGACUGGGCAAUGUAGUAAGCUGUCGUCUCUCAAAAAAAUAAAUAGCCAGACAUGAUGGUGUGUCCAUGUGGUCCCAGUUACUCAGGAGACGUCAAGGCUCCAGUGAGCUGUGAUCACACCACUGCACUCCAGCCUGGAUGACAGAGAGUAAAACUGUCUCAUUUAAAAAAAAAAAAAAAAAAAAGGCCAAGCGCAGUGGUUCAUGCCUGUAAUCCUAGCACUUUGGGAGGCUGAGGCGGGUGGAUCACAAGUUCAGGAGUUCGAGACCAGCCUGGCCAACAUGGUGAACCCUGUCUCUACUAAAAAUACAAAAAUUAGCCAGGCAUGGUGGCAGGCGCCUGUAAUCCCAGCUGCUCGGGAGUCAGGAGAAUCACUUGAACCCGGGAGGGGGAGGUUGCAGUGAGCCCAGAUUGUGCUAUUGCACUCCAGCCUGGCCCACACAGUGAGACUCUGUCUCAAAAAAAAAAAAAGUAUCCAAAACACACUGGGCUUUGAAGAUAAUACUAAAUUAUCUAUGUAUGUAUAUCUCACUGUUAAAGGUAUUGUUUACAUGUUGCCUUUAUUGUAGAGUGGGGUCCAGGCAUCCACUGGGAGGCUCGGAACAGAUCCCCAGAGGAUAAACGGGGACUGCUGUAUAAUUUUCGUAGCACAGAGAAGUGUGUGUAUAUUUCUAGAAAUGCAAAUGAAACCAAGGCCUGAAGAGUAAAAAAAAAUAUACAUGUUGAAAUAAUAUUUUGAAUAUGCUAGGUUAAUUAAACAUUAAAAUGAAUUUCACUUGG